CACUCCACCUCCUCUGCCUACCUCUACCGCUGCACCCAUCAACCACCACCUUUGGAUCCACCACCUCUACUCCACCCCCGUUCCACACUCCCAUCGCACUAUGGGCUGUUGCCAGUCAAAACCCGGUGUGGCUCCGGACGACGAGACCCGUGCGGCUCAGGGUGUGGACGAGGGUGGCAUGGUGCCGGUGGUGCCGGCCGGCGGCGAGAGCGACAGGAGCGACGGGAAGGGCACAGUGAGCGAGGAUGCUGAGAGCGAACGCGGCAGCAGCAGUGCGGAGAGCGAGGAUGGCGACACAGAUGGUGGGAGAAGCGAUGCCAGUGGCGGUGACGAGGCCCAGCCGCAGCAAGCGGACUCCACCGGAUCGGCGGCUGGGGCCGGGCCUGUGGCUGGGGCCGGGCCUGUGGCUAGCGCCCGGGCUGAGCCUGGGCGCGGGGCAAAAGGGAAGCGCAAGGCAUCUGCCUCGCUCCAUGAUCGUCCGCAGGCGAUUUACGAGUCGGCAUUUGACCGGUAUGACGCAGAUGGGUCGGGGACGAUCGACAAGGAAGAGCUCGCCGAGCUGCUGACUAACCUUGGCUGGCGAGCCGACCGUCACACAGUCAACGAGGCCGUGGCGGCGCUCGACUCGUGUGGAACCGGCGAGAUCGACCGCAACGAGUUUGUGACGUGGGCCAAGUUUGCAUGGCGGAAGCAAGUGCUCUCGGGCUCGGCCAUUGCCGACGGCAUCGACGAGGCCGAAUCGCCGUCGCAGCUCCUUCGCCGCAAGUCACUGACGAUGCGGAACGCCGGGGCUGGGUCUGGGUCGGCGCAAGCACGGCGGCGUGCAGGCUCGGAAUCGCGUCCGCUCUCGCUUGUCAACCCGCUCACGCCGCUGGCGGAGAACGGGCUGGCCGACACGUCAUCGCCGCUCAGGCGGGCGUCGUCGAGUGCAUCGGCCUCGCCCGAGCCCGGCCCUCACGCGGUAGGCCUGAAGCCCGGCAACAUCAUGAGUGAGCACGAUCGGCCGAGGGCCAUCUACGAGGCUGCAUUCCGUGAGUACGACGUUGACGGCUCGGGCGAGAUUGACAGCUCGGAGCUCGGCGCUCUCCUCCGCGACCUUGGAUGGAACGCCACGCCGGCUGCUAUCCGCAACGCGCUCUACUCGCUCGACGCAGACUCGAACGGGACCAUCGAGCUCGAGGAGUUCCUCUCGUUUGCCAAGUUUGCGUGGCGCGAGCACGUGGCGACUGGCUCAUCGCAGGCCGACGGCCUCCGCCCGCACGAGUCGCCGUCGGGCCAGCUGCGCCGCAAGUCGCGCGAGCGCUUUGAACGUGAGAUGAGCCGCGAGCUCUCGUCCGAGAUGUAGCCAGAGAUGUAGCUUAGUUUAACACUGGGUGCGCGUCAGGCACCAAACUCGCGGGCGGUGAUGGUGGAAAAGCCGUGACUAUCCUUCUCGACCUG